AUGAUGACGAAAUCCAAUAGGAAGCCGGAUGUCGCUACGAGUACAAUUAUCUCAGGUACUCAAAUACCCCAGACACCUCAAAUACCUCAGGCAUCUCGGGACCUUCAAGGGGGCCAUCGUUAUCGUCUGGUCCAGUGUCCAGUGUCCAGUGUGAAGGCCAAAAUCCCGCAACAUCCUUUCAAGUUUCCUUUAUGUUCCGGUUCCAAAACGCGCGGUAUUUGUGCUCGUACGAGCGUAAUGGGUGUCUGCUUUUCCGCGCUUCCUCAUUGGCUUGUACAGGGUGUCUGGAUGACAUCAAUUGAUACGAGCAACUCGUACAGUACUUUUUCCCGCAGUGAUCGUCAAGAGAUUACCUAG